UAUUGCCGGAAACUAUGGUUUCCCUUUUCAAGAAGCGUUCGAUCUUGUUCCUUCUCUGUCUUGUGCUGCAGUCUUUGGGUUCUGCGAGAUCGCAAUCUUAUAUCGGGGUUAACUAUGGCACUUUCGCCGACAACUUGCCGACGCCGGCGCAGACGGCGAAGCUGCUGCAGUCGACCAGCAUUGGGAAGGUGAGGCUGUACGCCGCCGACCCGGCGAUCAUAAAGGCGUUGGCAAAUACCGGCAUCGGCAUUGUACUCGGCAUCGGCAACGGCGACAUCCCCAAGCUUGCCUCCGACCGCAAAUUCGCCACCCAGUGGGUUCAGUCCAACGUUCUCGCUUAUUAUCCGGCCAGCAAGAUCGUCGUCGUCACCGUCGGUAAUGAAGUUAUGAGCUUCGAUCCCGAUGUGGUUUCGCAACUCUUGCCCGCAAUGCAAAACGUCCAAGACGCCCUCAAUUCAGCGUCCGUUGGAGGGAAGAUAAAGGUGUCAACAGUGCACGCAAUGGAAGUGAUGGGUCAGUCUGAGCCACCGUCGGCGGGUGCAUUCAAAUCUGAGGUCGCGGAUACCAUGAAAGCCUUAUUGAAAUUCCACCAGAAAAACGGCUCUCCCUUCAUGAUCAACCCAUACCCUUUCUUUGCAUAUCAGGGUGAUCCCAACAGGCCUGGAAAUCUGGAGUUCUGCACCUUCCAACCCAAUUCCGGCCGAUAUGAUAACAACACUCAUAUAACAUAUAUGAACAUGUUUGAUGCUCAGGUGGAUGCUGUUUAUUCUGCGUUGAAGGCUUUGGGAUUCAAGGAUGUAGAGAUUGUGGUUGCGGAGACUGGUUGGGCUCAUGAUGGGGGAGAAAAGGAAGCGGGUGCCAGCGUGGAGAAUGCGAAAGCGUAUAACGGUAACUUGAUAAGCUAUCUCCGGUCGAUGAAGGGGACGCCGUUGAUGCCUGGGAAACCUGUUGAAACAUACAUCUUUGCUCUGUAUGAUGAGAAUAUGAAGCCCGGGGCAGGGUCAGAAAAGUCGUUUGGGCUCUUCAAGCCUGAUCGAACCGCCAACUAUGAUGCUGGCCUUUCAAAGAGUGGUCGUGGAAGUGCUCCGGGGCCACGCAGGGCGCCUGGCAAGACUCCUGCAGGUGCUCCGGCGGCACACAGAACUUCUCCCAAAGCUGCUCCGGGGACACGCCGGACUCAUCCGGUGGCACGCGGGCCUGCAGCAGCUCCGGGGGCACCCGGGGCUUCUUAUGCAACAACUCCUGCCGGUAAUCCGGUGACAUCAACGGGGCCCGGUGCUGCGGGCGGGAACCCGGCCGCUCCAACCGGUCAAUCAGGAGGAAGCGUUGGAAGUGGGACUGCAAAAUCUUGUAGGCCACCGCACUCGCUCCCACUUGCACUUGUGGUAAUGGCUGCAUUCAUCCUGGUGAAUAAGGCACAUGAGGAGGAAGACAAAUUGCUAUAGUGGGUAUGGAAGCAAGGGUCAUUGAAUAUAGGUGCAUGGACACUUAGUAAUAAUUACAAAGUGGGUUGUCAAGUGGUCAACUCCUCUUCAUUGUCGUGCUUCUACACUCUUGAUUGGAUUGAAUCAGAGUUAGUCUUGGAGGAUACCAAAAACAAGAAUUGAUUGAUAUCUAUGCAUACUAAUAAAGCGGCGAGCUCGGUUUGCACUUGAGAUAUUCAGUCUUUUUCCGAUGAAAGUGAUUGGACUAUCGGCUUUCAUAGUCCUGCCUUAUUGUUUAUAUAUCCCCAUUGCUAUAGUGACCAGAGUUACUGUGUAUAAACUUCUUUGUCACACUUCACAUGGGUCAUUAUUAUAAUAAAUUUACUAUUACUCCUUA